CUCCGCUUGCUCGGGAUCUUCAUCCUGGAUUCAGCCAUAUUCCCAGCGCUCCGCCACACCGGCAGCCUCCUCGAACUCUCCUCAAACUGGCCGUGAUCCCGUGACUCUCUCCCCCACUCCCACGGAGAACUCGGACAUUCUGACCCCUGCGCAGUCGCCCCCGGAGCUCCCGGAGCCAGCCCCGGUCCGACAAACCGAGCGGCGGACAUGGAGCAGCGGCGGCCGACCUGAGAGUCGACGGUCCGCCCGACGUCCUGAUCCUGAGAGGAAAGAGCAGAUUUACCGGAUUAGAGCCGGAGGAGGGCGGACAGAGGCAGGCCCGCAGGCUGCUGACCGGCGGUGACCCACGGUGGCCGGAGGACUCUCGGCGACGCUCCGAACCCCGCGGCUCAAAAUGUCGGGAAGCUUCUCCUGGAGCUAACGGCUAACGGCUAGCAGCUAGGCAGGAAGCGGAGCCUCGGCAGCGGAUACACCCGGACUGAGCGACGCGGGCCCGGCGGAGCAUCCUGGAGAGUCCGGCGGGGACCGACAGCAGGAUGUCGGCGCAGGAGCGGUUGAAGCGACUGGAGGAGCUGCUGCUGGAGCAGCGGGCGGCCGGCUGCCUGAGCGUGGAGGCGCUGCUAGACCUGCUGCUCUGCUUCUACACCGAGUGCUCCCAGUCCCCGCUCAAGAGGGAGAAGCACGUCACCGACUUCCUGGAGUGGGUGAAGCCAUUCACAACCACGGUGAAGGACAUGCGGCUGCACAAAGACGACUUCGAGAUCCUGAAGGUGAUUGGACGAGGAGCUUUUGGAGAGGUUGCCGUGGUGAAGAUGAAGCACACGGAGCAAGUUUAUGCUAUGAAGAUCCUCAAUAAGUGGGAGAUGCUAAAGCGAGCAGAGACGGCAUGUUUCCGUGAAGAGCGUGACGUCCUGGUGAAAGGAGACAGUCAGUGGAUCACCAACCUGCACUACGCCUUCCAGGACGACAACUUUUUGUACUUGGUGAUGGAUUACUACGUAGGUGGUGACCUGCUGACGCUGCUCAGUAAGUUUGAGGAUCGACUUCCUGAGGAUAUGGCCAAGUUCUACGUGGCUGAGAUGGUACUCGCCAUCCACUCCAUCCAUCAGCAGCACUACAUACACAGAGACAUCAAACCCGACAACGUCCUGCUCGACGUCAACGGCCAUAUUCGCCUCGCAGACUUCGGAUCCUGUCUCCGCAUGAUGGAGGACGGCACGGUUCAGUCCUCGGUGGCAGUUGGCACGCCAGACUACAUCUCCCCAGAGAUCCUGCAGGCGAUGGAGGACGGUAUGGGCCGCUACGGCCCAGAGUGUGACUGGUGGUCACUGGGUGUGUGCAUGUAUGAGAUGCUGUAUGGCGAGACACCGUUCUACGCUGAGUCGCUGGUUGAAACCUAUGGCAAGAUCAUGAAUCAUGAGGAGCGUUUCCAGUUCCCUUCCCAUGUGACCGAUGUGUCUGAAGAUGCCAAGGAUCUGAUCCAGGGCUUGCUCUGUUCCAGGGAUCGUCGCCUUGGACUUAAUGGGAUCUCUGAUUUUAAAAGCCACCCUUUCUUCAACGGCAUCGACUGGGACAACAUCCGGUCCACCGGGGCCCCCUACAUCCCCGAGGUGUCCUCACCCACCGACACCUCAAACUUUGACGUAGAUGAUGAUGUCCUGAAGAACCCGGACAUUGGACCUCCAGUGUCUCACACUGGUUUUACAGGGCAGCACCUCCCCUUCGUUGGCUUCACCUACACCACCGACAGCUGCUUCUCCGACCGCAGCUCUGUCAGCAAGGCGUGGUUGCGUGUCCAGAUCGAAACAGAUGGUGGAACAGGAGGGGAGGAGGUGGAGGCUUUUGAGAAGAGGAUUCGUCGACUGGAGCAGGAGAAACAGGAACUGAACCGCAAACUGCAGGAGUCGACUCAGGCCCUGCAGGCUCCAGCUCGAGGAGGAACUCUGAGUCGAGACAAAGAGAUCAAGAAGCUCAAUGAGGAGAUUGAACGACUCAAGAAGAAGCUGGCAGACUCUGACAGGCUGGAGCACCAGCUGGAGGAGGCGGUCUCUCUCAGACAAGACUAUGAAAGCUCCGCCUCCAAACUGAGGAGCGUGGAGAAGCAGGUGAAAAGCCUGCGACAGGAGAAGGAUGAGGUUCACAAGCAGUUGGCUGACGCCCUGGAACGCCUGAGGAGUCAGACGAAGGAGUUGAAGGAGGCGCACUCGCAGAGGAAGCUGGCGCUGCAGGAGUUCUCUGAGUUGUCGGAGAGGAUGGCUGAGGUGCGCUCCUCAAAGCAGCGCCUGACCCGCCAGCUCCGUGACAAGGAGGAGGAGAUGGAGGCGCUGCUGCAGAAGAUGGACGGCACAAGGCAGGAGAUCCGUAAGAUGGAGAAGAGCCGUAAGGAGCUGGAGGCUCAGCUGGAUGAGGUGCAGACAGAGGCAUCAAAGGAGAGGAAGCUGAGGGAGCACAGCGAGGUUUACUCCAAACAGCUGGAGGCGGAGCUGCAGAGUCUAAAGUCUCAGCAGGGCCGUGGAGUAGCAGCAGGAGGGGCGGAGUUUCAGCAGGAACUAUCCCGUCUAAAGGCAGAGCUGGACAAGAAGGUGCUGUUCUACGAGGAGGAGCUCCUGAGGAGGGACUCGGCCCACUCCUCUGAGAUAAAAAACCUCUGCAAAGACUUGCAGGAGUCUGAGGGGGCGCAGCUCACCGCCAACAAGGAGUUGCUGCAGCUCCGAGACAAGCUAGACAAGGCCAAGAGGGACAGGCAAGUUGAGAUGGAAGAAGCUCUCACUGCUCUCAAGAAGAAACAUGAGCGAGAGAAGAACCUGCUGACAGAAGAAAACCGAAAACUGACGGCAGAGACCGACAAGCUGUGCUCGUUUGUGGAUAACCUGACGGCUCAGAAUCGGCAACUAGAAGACGAGCUGCAGGACCUGGCGUCCAAGAAGGAGAGCGUGGCUCACUGGGAGGCUCAAAUCGCAGAGAUCAUCCAGUGGGUCAGCGACGAGAAGGACGCUCGAGGUUAUCUGCAGGCUCUAGCCACCAAGAUGACGGAGGAGCUGGAAACUCUACGCAGCUCCAGCUUGGGAACCAGACCUCUGACGGAAUCAGGAGUGGCCACUCCUCCUAAGAAGCCCUGGCCUCCCAUUGGUGGAGACAGGAGGGACCCCCUGUGGAAGGUGCGCCGCAGUCAGAAGUUGGACAUGUCUGCUCGCCUCGAGCUGCAGUCGGCUCUGGACGCUGAAAUCAGAGCCAAACAGCUGGUCCAGGAGGAGCUGCGCAAAGUCAAAGCCUCAAACAUCAACCUGGAGAGUAAGCUUAAGGAGACGGAGGAAAGGAGCAAGGAAAUGGUGGAGCAGAUGGAGACCCUAAAAAAGGAGAUGGAGGAGACCCGCUCACGUUCCGACAAAGGUCUGAAGCUCCCAGACUUCCAGGACCCUAUCUUUGAAUACUUCAACACAUCUCCUCUAGCUCCAGACCUCACCUUCAGACCUUCAGACAUAGAUGCCACCCCUGCAAAAUCAGACACUACGCCCCCAUCACCCUCCACAGGUUCCGAACACGAGGAAAUUAAAGCAGUCCCUUCGAGCCCCUCUCCUAUCUAUCAGAGCACAGCGCUGACCACACCAAAGCCCAAAGCUCACCAGCUGAGCAUCAAGACGUUCUCCAGCCCGCCUCAGUGCACACACUGCACCUCCCUGAUGGUGGGACUAAUCCGGCAGGGAUACGCCUGCGAAGUGUGCUCCUUCAUCUGUCACGUUUCCUGUAAAGACCACACCCCUCUUGUCUGCCCGAUCCCAGCAGAGCAGGCCAAGAGGCCACAGGGCAUUGACGUCCAGAGGGGAAUCGGCACUGCAUAUAAGGGCUACGUCAGGAUUCCGAAGCCCAGUGGGGUGAAAAAGGGCUGGCAGCGAGCAUUCGCCGUGGUCUCUGACUGUAAACUCUUUCUCUACGACAUCCCAGAGGGAAAGUCCACGCAACCUGGGGUGGCAGCCAGUCUCGUCCUCGACCUCAGGGAUGAGGAUUUGUCCGUUAGUUCGGUCUUGGCUUCCGAUGUGAUCCACGCAACCAGGAAGGACAUCCCCUGCAUCUUCAGAGUGACAUCAUUGCAGCUGAUCUCGCAGCUGUCUUCAGUGUCUCUGCUUGUCCUGGCAGAGAGCGAGGUAGAGAAGAGAAAAUGGGUCCGGAUCCUGGAAGGUAUGCAGAGCAUCCUGACCAAGAACCUGCUGAAGAGCCAGCAGGUCCACGUCCUGCACGAGGCCUACGAUGCCUCGCUGCCCAUCAUCAAGACCACGCUGUCUGCCGCUGUGCUCGAUCGUGAGAGGAUCGCCCUGGGAACAGAAGACGGACUGUUUGUGGUUGAAAUUACGAGAGACGUGAUUGUGAGAGCUGCAGACAGUAAGAAGAUCUCUCAGAUUGAAUUGAUCCCAAAGGAGAAGAUCAUUGCGCUUCUCUGCGGUCGCAACCGUCAAGUUCACCUUCACCCCUGGGGGGUGUUGGAGGGAGCGGAGUCCAGCUUCGAUGCCAAGCUGGCAGACACCAAAGGCUGCCAGGCUAUGGCCACAGGCGUUCUCCGCCCAGGAGGCCCCCCCUGCCUGCUGGCUGCCAUCAAACGUCAGGUUCAGUGCUACGAGAUCACUCCGACAAAGCCCCACCACAAGAAGCUGUGGGAGGUGCAGGCCCCAGGUGUGGUUCAGUGGUUGGGGAUGCUAAGGGACCGGCUGUGCAUCGGUUACCCGUCAGGCUUCGCUCUGCUGGCCUUGCAGGGGGAGUCGUCCCCCAUAAGCCUGGUGAGCCCGGCAGACCCAUCGCUGGCCUUCCUGGCGCAACAGCAACUGGACGCUCUACAUGCACUGGAGGUCGGAUCCAGCGAGCUACUGCUCUGCUUCAGCCAGCUCGGUGUCUAUGUGGAUGGACAGGGACGUCGGUCCCGGACCCAGGAGCUCAUGUGGCCCACCACACCACUUGCUUUCUGCUCUAACUCAUCUCACCUGACGGUCUACAGCGAGUAUGGGGUUGAUGUCUUUGAUAUUCACACCACUGAGUGGGUCCAAACCAUCUCCCUGCGCAAGAUUCGACCUCUGAAUGCUGAAGGAACGUUAAACCUGCUGAGCUCAGAACCUCCUCGUCUGAUUUACUUUAGCAACACCUCCUCAGAGGGCGAUCUCACCAUCCCGGAGACGUCCGAUCACAGCAGGAAGUUGAUGGUUCGAACUCGCAGCAAGAGAAAGUUCCUCUUCAAGGUUCCCGAGGAGGAGCGACUCCAGCAGAGGAGGGAGAUGCUGAGGGAUCCGGAGCUUCGCUCUAAGAUGAUUUCUAACCCCACCAACUUUAACCACGUGGCUCACAUGGGACCAGGAGACGGCAUGCAGGUCCUCAUGGACCUUCCUCUGGUUGGUGAUGUUGCCUCCCUCUCCUCCUCCCCGUCUCCCUCCCCUUCCUCCUCUUCUUCCCGUCACACCCUCAUCUCUCCCCCCUCCAACUUUGAGCACGUGUAUCACAUGACGUCGGCAUCGGCUGGCGCCUUCUUGCAGAAAGACGCCUCCUCUUCCUCCUCCCAGCAGAGCCUCCUGCAGCCUUCCUCCUCCUCCUCCUCUCCCUCCAUCUCCUCUGUGGGAAGGAGUGUGCUGCCCUCUUCUCAGGACGACUGCAUUAAAGAUAAGCCCCGCCCCCUCUCCAGUAUCUCACGGCAACAGAGGAGCAAGACGCACAUCACACGCACAGCUUCAGAUUUUGGGGGAGGCGCUUCGUCCCGCAGCAUCUGUGACCCGGAGGAGGUGGACCGAGAGCCUGACUCUGACUCCACCAAACACUCGACGCCCUCCAACAGCUCCAACCCCAGCAGCCCCCCCAGCCCCAACUCCCCCCACCGCAGCCAGCUCACUCUCGACGGCCUGGACUCUGAAGCCUGAAGCCCCGCCCCCACCUGAACGAGUCGGGCUGCAGACUGAGAGCUUAGCUUUUACUUUCAGGAUUUUAUUGUGGCGGGGUGUGUUUGCGCUUCCUGCUGCUUUUAUUUUGUUGGAUUUUACCUGCUGGAAGCCCCACCCCUUGGUUUUAACCCCUCCCUGCUGAGAGCUGCUGUGUGACCUUUGACCUUUACUCUGAUUGGCUCUAUGGGACCAGCGCCUGCUGUUGUCGUGCAUGUGUAAGGACUUCCUGUUGGUGUGCAAGCUGACACGGGGAGCGGGCGGAGGUCUCGCUCUGACGAAAACACUGAAUUAAUUUUGUUGAAGUUGCACAUCGUCAUCACCUUCAUCUUUGCUGUCGUUUAGGGUAAAAUAAUCUUUAAUUUGUGUCAGUUAUGAUCUUUCCUCUGGCCCCGCCCUCUGCUCAGUUGGAGACAGGAGAGGGGGCAGGGUCCCACCUGAACACUACUGCUUUGUUUCUUCCAAAAUCACAUUUAAAGGAUCUUUGUAAUGAUAAACUGUUAGUGGCCAAAAACAAUAAACGAACCUGAAUUCA